AUGUGUCAUACGGUGUCAUACCGCGUGACACUUCACCGCUAUAUGUUAGAGUGUCAUCAUAUCCACUUUCCUUGUGGAGCUACCGAGAUAUAUUUCCGAGGAAAAUCUGAUCCUGUUUAUAUUGCCUUUGUGCUAAAUGCUGUGUCUGGGCCGUCGCUGGCUGCUCGGCGCACCUGCCUCUGCCACGCCGGGGAUGCCUUGCACAGCAACACAGGGCCUAAUAAUAAUAAUAAUAAUAAUAAUUAUAAUAAUAAUAAUAAUAAUAAUAAUAAUAAUAAUAAUAAUAAUAAUAAUAAUAAUAAUAAUAAUAAUCGGCCCGACGGAGGCGUUGGUAGAUUUCUCAUAGCACUCGUGGAUAGUUGUUGCGCAUCGCUCACGGCCGCUCACACGCUCGAAAAAAUGGACAAAUCCACCGCCGUCAGCGAGCAGAAACCCGCUCAGAAGCCCAAGCUGUCCUUCAGCAUCGACGCCAUCCUCGGCAACGACGACAGCGGCAGCGUCCGCACGCCCACGCCCUCGCCCGACCCCGAGUGCCGCCCCGCCUCCUCCUGCAGCGCCACCAGCGACGUGUCCUUCGCCAGCCACGACUCCGACCGGGCCGCCAGCCCCUCGGCGGCGCCCGCGGCGAGGCCCGUCCAGGGCGCCUUGCCCGCGCAGUGGGUCCCGGCGCACCCCUACUUCCAGUUCGCCGCCGCCGUCCACGGAUCGCCGGCGCUCCCCAAGCUGCCCAGCUCGGUAGUUUUGCGCAAGCACAAAGCUAACCGCAAGCCGCGCACGCCCUUCACGUCGGAGCAGCUGCUGUCGCUCGAGAACAAGUACCGCGAGAAGCAGUACCUGAGCAUCGCCGAGCGCGCCGAGUUCUCCGCGUCGCUCAGCCUGACGGAGACGCAGGUCAAGAUCUGGUUCCAGAACCGCCGCGCCAAGGACAAGCGCCUCAAGGAGGCCGAGCUGGAGCGCCAGAACCGCCCUCUGUACCCGACCUACGGCGGCCUCCUGCCCAUGGGCGGCAUCGUGCCCUCGCUGGCCCUCCAGAGGCCCCUGGUGCCCCUCCUCGGGUAGAGCCCCGGAGAGACGCCCUUGAAGUACCUGCAGCAGCACCAGACAGCCCGGCGCCCUGAGGCCUCCUCCCUCCGUCGGCCUCCUAGUCACCCGCCGCCACGGGUCUGCACCAGCUGCCUUCCUCCUCCUCGCCGGUGACUCUUCACUGCACGCUCUGCCACGCCCCCGCGCAUGGCAGGAAUGUUGUUCACGCCCACAAGCCUCCCACAUCCACGCCCAUUAUGGAUAUCUCAGUGGCCGCCCGCUGGAAGACGGAGAUAUAGACUGUGAUAAAAAAAUAAAUAAAUAAAUACUUUUUGUAAACAUCUAUAUUUUAAAAAAAUGCAAUUUGUUGGAUAUACCUGUGAAUAUAUAUAUAUACAGUAUUCAUAAUAAAAGAUACAGAUGAAUUUUA